CAACAGCCCAAACCAGCUUACAGUUCCGGAAUCAAAACUACCGCCUGGAGGAAUCCCAGUACCAUUCAAACCCAUCAGAACUACAGCAGGGUCUUCGUCCACAACAACCCAAACAGCGACUCCCAAUACGUCAUCACCAAAGCGGAGAAAUCUGACAGGCUGUAUCCGGUAUACAAUGCGCAUUCCUACGGACAACAGCCCGAACAAACCCAAAAAUUAAUCCAGUCCAAUUCUCAAACCUCGCGCAACUCUACUGGUCAAUAUGUCCCGGGGGCAAAUCUGGCGGGGACUCAGAACAACAGGACCAUCUACAAGAGGAAGAUAGAAUUCAAGACCAUCGAGGUGUACGAAAAAUGCCCUGAAGGCGUUACCGGCUCACUGGUGUACUACCUAAGCUGCAACCAGUUCCUCAACUGUUGGAAGGGAAGAGGGGAAAUCCAAAACUGCGCUCCUGGUACCCUGUUCAAUCCGAAGACUCUGGAAUGCGAUUUUCCCGAAAAGGUGGAGUGCGUUACAGGAAGGCAAAAUUCUUUGACGCUACAGACGAGUCGUCAUCAAAAGUCGGUUACUCAAGCGCCCUGCCCUAAAGAAUUCAGCGGCCUGAUCCCCAACUACACCGAUUGUUCCAAGUUCAUUAGCUGCAACAACGGCCAGCAGGUUUCUAUGGAUUGCCCACCUGGUACUCUCUUUGAUACAACUCGGAAUGUCUGCAACUUCCCGUACUUGACCACGUGCUUCAAUGGUCAAUCCGGUGCUUCCCAAAACAGCAGCGGUGUAGGGUACGAGAGUCAGUCACAGUUCCAAGGCCAACAAGGUCAAUAUUUAGGGCAACAACCGGGCUAUUAUCAAGGUCAUAACACGUACGGAGCAAAUCAGUACGGAUUUCAAGGUCAGCAAAAUCAGCAAAAUUAUGGUACCCAAUAUUUAGCAAGCAACCAACAUGGGCAGUCUGGUUAUCAUUACGGUAAUGAAGGCCAGUACCACUCUAGUAGUCACGUGGGACAACACAGCAACAUACAACAAGGCAUUAACUCAAAACUGGACUUCGGUGGAGGCAGCGGAACUACUUAUGGGAAAGACNGUUAUAACUACGGUAAUGAAGGCCAGUACCACUCUGGUAGUCACGUGGGACAACACAGCAACAUACAACAAGGCAUUAACUCAAAACUGGACUUCGGUGGAGGCAGCGGAACUACUUAUGGGAAAGACCCAGUGAGUCAAGGUCACAGUUUUUAUAUACAAACCGCUCAGGGAAGGCCUAGGUGUAAUCCGCAGACACAAAAUUGUGGCCUUGACUCCGGUGCUUCAUCAAGCAACAACUACGGACACACUUCGACUCAAAACUGCAAUCCUCAGUACCAGAACUGUGAUCACAGUCUUGGUCAAGGCCAAGGCCAGUUUUUUGUACCAGGAUGCGAUUCUAGAACCCAAAACUGCGGUCAAAGCUACGGAAGCACUCAGCAAACAGUCCACGGGCACAGUCAGACCCAAGAAGGUUAUGGCCAGCAAAAUUUUCAUAGAGUUUGCAAUAUAAACGACUCUAAUUGCCAGAGGAACACUACCGUUGCGAAGAAAAGCAAAGAACCCAAAUGUCCAGAUGGUUUUCAAGGCAUUACCAAACAUCCUAGUGACUGUAAAAAGUUUCUGAACUGCGCCAACGGUAGGACCUUCAUCCAGGAUUGCGCACCAGGGACUUUGUUCAAUCCGGCUAUCGGGAACUGCGAUUUCCCGUACAACGUCGAUUGUUCGACCAAUGAAACCGACGAAGCAACUGAACGCUAUGGGUCGAGUUCGACAAGCGAAUGGCAGAGGGUAUACCAGGAACACGUUGAACAAUAUGGUCAAAAUGCUGGGCACG